AUGGAUGGAGGCGCUGCUGCAAUCGAAGUUCUUGUCCAAAACCUGAUCAGCUUUUUGAAGGAAGAGUACUCUCUACGUCGAGGUCUCAAUGGAGAUUCCCAACAGCUGCAAAGGACUUUGGGCAUGAUCCAAGCCUUCUUGAUUGACGCUGAGAAGAAAUCCAUCACCCAAGAUGCUGUCAAAUUCUGGUUGAGAGAGCUUGAAGUUAUGGCUUUCGAUGCUGAUAAUGUCUUAGACGAACUCAGCUAUCAUCUUCUCCACAAAAAGGUGAAGAAAAUGAUGAAACGCAAGGAUAGGGUAGCAUCAUACUUCUCUUCCUUUAGUCGCAGACAAUAA